UUCCCUACAAGUUCUUCUCGGACCCUUCCACCAUCAAUGAGAAACGGAAGCAGCGCCGGAUCCGCACCACUUUCACCAGUUCGCAGCUGAAGGAGCUGGAGAGGGUCUUCGCUGAGACCCACUACCCGGACAUUUACACCCGGGAAGAGCUGGCCCUCAAGAUAGACCUCACCGAAGCCAGAGUCCAGGUCUGGUUCCAGAACCGCCGGGCCAAGUUCCGGAAGCAGGAGCGUGCGGCCAACGCCAAGGGCCAGAACGGCAACGGGGGCUCCUCCUCGUCCGGCAAGAAGGCUGACCCACGUUCUUCCUCCGAGGACGACGAGUCCAAGGAGUCCAACUGCAGCCCGACCCCGGACAGCACGGCCUCCUUGCCCUCGGCCGGCAGCCUCAACAGUCCUGGCGGAGGGGGCAGCCUCAGCCCCAGCCCAGGCAGCGGUCAGCCUGGCAUGGGCUCCGGCCACGGUGCUCAGGUCCUCAAGAACCAGGCCCUGUGGGCCGGGGUCAGCACCAGCAGCGGGGCCAACGCGGCCGACCUCCUCAAGGCCUGGCAGCCGGCCGAAGCCAUGCCGGGGCCCUUCUCCGGCGUCCUGUCCUCCUUCCACAGGAAGCCCAACCCGCUCAAGGCCAACCUCUUCUAACCGGCCACACGCGGCCACCAACUCCACCGAGUGUCCUGGGAAAAGGACCGUGCAACUGACUCUUGGAAGGGACACAAAAGGUUGCCAACUCCAUCGAGGAUCUUGGGAUAAUGAUUCACUCCAUCCAAAGCCCUUCUGUAGCUGCUGCUUGGGGAAUGGAUACUCCGGAAGCUGAAAGGGAAUGACAGCCGUCGUCUCUUCACCUAUAAUUCCAGCCAAGUGACCAACUACUGGACUUGUUCUUCUUCUUAUGUUUAUUUAUACCCCGCUUUUUGUCUUCACAAAACCUGAAGGCCACAAAAGGUCACCGACUCCGUCAAGUGUCCUGGGAAAAAGACUCUUCCUUCCUGACCACGCAACUGACUCUUGGAAGGGACACCAAAGGUUGCCAACUCUAUCAAGGAUCUUGGAAUAAUAGUUACUCUCCAUGCAUCCACAUCCCAUCUAUAGCUUCUGCUUUCGGUAUCAAUGGGACCAUGCUUCAGGGAAUGACUUCUCCUGAAGCUGCAAGGGCAUGACAGCCGUAGUCUCUUCCACAUCUGUAUUUCCAGACAAGUGACCAACUACUAGUUCUUCUUCUUCUUCUGUUUAUUUAUACCCCACUUGUUCUCUCCACAACCAACCUGAAGGCCACAAAAGGUCACCAAGUCCGUCACGUGUCCUGGGAAGAGGACUGACCACGCAACUGACUCUUGGAAGGGACACCAAAGGUUGCCAACUCCAUUGAGGAUCUUGGAAUAAUAGUUCUUCCUCUCCAUCCAUCCACAGCCCUUCAGUAGUUGCUGCUUUCGGUACCAAUGAGGCCACACUUUCAGGAAUGGAGAAUCCAGAAGCUGAAAGGGAAUGACAGCUGUAGUCUCUUCCUUAUCUGUAGCUCCAGCCAAGUGACCAGCUACUGGAUUUGUUCUUCUUCUUAUGUUUAUUUAUACCCCACCUUUUCUCUCCACAACCAACCUGAAGGCCACAAAAGGUCACUGACUCCAUCAAGUGUCCUGGGAAAAAGACUCUUCCUUCCUGACCAUGCAACUGACUCUUGGAAGGGACACAAAAAGUUGCCAAUUCCAUUGAGGAUCUUGGAAUAAUAGCUCCACAGCCCUUCUGUAACUUUAGGUACCAAUGGGACCACGCUUUGGGGAAUGACUUCUCCUGAAGCUGCAAGGGAAUGACAGCGUCGUCUCUUCAUCUAUAAUUCCAGCCAAGUGACCAACUACUAGACUUGCUCUUCUUAUUGGAAGGGACACAAAAGGUUGCCAACUCCAUUGAGGAUCUUGGAAUAAUAGUUCCUCCUCUCCAUCCAUCCAUCCAUUGCCUUUCUGGAGCUGCUGCUUUCGGUACCAAUGGGACCAUGCUUCAGGGAAUAACUUCUCCUGAAGCUGUAAGGGCAUGACAGUCGUAGUCUCUUCCACAUCUGUAUUUCCAGCCAAGUGAAACUACUGGACUUGUUCUUCUCCUUCUUAUGUUUAUUUAUACCCCACUUGUUCUCUCCACAACCAACCUGAGAGUCACAAAAGGUCACCGACUCCAUCAAGUGUGCUAGGAAAGGGACUCUUUCUUCCUGACCACACGACUGACUCUUGGAAGGGACACAAAAGGUUGCCAACUCCAUCGAGGAUCUUGGAAUAAUAGUUCCUCCUCUCCUUCCAUUCACAGCCCUUCUGUAGUUGCUGCUUUCGGUACCAAUAAGACCACACUUUCAGGAAUGACUUCUCCUGAAGCUGCAAGGGAAUGACAGCAUAGUCUCUUCAUCCAUAAUUCCAGCCAAGUGACCAAUUACUGGACUUGUUCUCCUUUUUCUUACAUUUAUUUAUACCCCACUUUUUGUCUCCACAACCAACCUGAAGGCCACAAAAGGUCACCGACUCCAUCAAGUGUCCUGGGAAAAAGACUUCCUUCCUGACCAAGUUAUUGACUCUUGGAAGGGACACAAUUUGUUGCCAACUCCACCAAGAAUCUUUGAAUAAUAGUUCCUCCUCUCCAUCCACUCACUGCCCUUCUGUAGCUGCUGCUUUCAGUACCAAUGGGACCAGACUUUCGGGAAUGGCAAAUACGGAAGCUUCAAGGGAACGACAGCCAUCAUCUCUUCCUUAUCUAUAACUCCAGCCAAGUGACCAACUUCUAGGUCACCUUAACCUAGGUUCUAGGUCACCUUAACCAACUUGAUGGCCAUAAGAGGUGUCCCAGAAAAACCACUUCCUGGACACUCAACUGGCUCUUGGAAGAGCAAGGACCACAAAUGGUUGUUGUAUGUUUUCCGGGCUGUAUGGCCAUAUUCCAGAAGUAUUCUCUCCUGACGUUUCACCCACAUCUAUGGCAGGCAUCCUCAGAGGUUGCGAGGACCACAAAUGCUUGCCAACUCCACUGAAGAUCUUGGAAUAAACAUUCCUCCUUUCCAUCAGUCUAUUGACAGCCCUUAUGUAGCUGCUACUUUCUGGCCAUACUUUGGGCAAUGGCUUCUCCUGAGGCUGCAAGGGAAUGGCUGACAUUGGCUCUUCCACAUCUAUAUUUCCAGCCAACAAUGACUAUUAUUAUUAUUAUUAUUAUUAUUAUUAUUAUUAUUAUUAUUAUUAUUAUUAUUAUUUAUACCCCCCUUUUCUCUCUGCACGGAGACUCUUGACCAACCUGAGGGCCACAAAAGGUCCUGGGACCACUUAACUGACUCUUGGAAGAGCGAAGGCCACAAAUGGUUGCCAACUCCAUUGAGGAUCUUGGAAUAAUAAUUCCUCCUUUCCAUCUGUCCAUCCACAGUCCUUCUGUAGCUGCUACUAUCUGGAAGGAGACCCUUGACCAACCUGAGGGCCACAAAAGGUCACCAAGUCCAUCAAGUGUCCUGGGAAAAGGACUCUUCCUUCCUGACCUUAUAACUGACUCUUGGAAGAGCAAAGGCCACAAAUGGUUGCCAACUCCAUUGAGGAUCUUGGAAUUAUAAUUCCUCCUUUCCAUCCAUCCACUGCUCUUUUGUAGCUCCUGCUUUCUAUACCAAUGGGACCACCCUUGUAGGAAUGGCGAAUUCAGAAGCUGCAAGGAAAUGACAGCCAGCAUCUCUUCCAUAUCUGUGGCUCUAACCAAGUGACCAACUGAUGGACUGCCUCUCCUGAUGGACAUCCCAUCCCUGGAAGACUUGCCCAUGGACUGACCUUUGCAAGCCUCUCCUGAUGGACAUCCCAUCCCUGGAAGUCUUGACCCAAUGUCCUCGAGUCAAUGGUUUCCUCAUCCGGCGUGAAGGAGAGAUUCACAACGCAAAAGAAAGCCAUCUCAGCGCAAUGGUGAGACUUUGGAGACCAGCAUUUGAGUCUCCACUUGGCCAUGGGAGGUCACACUGUCUCAGCCACAGAAGGAAGCAAAGGCUGAUGCCCUUUGAGCAAAGGAAACACUGUGAUGGGGCCACCGAAUGAGUAGGAGGCACAUGACAAUAAUAACAAAGUGCUUCAAAGGAACUCUUUUUGCUUUUUCUGCGUUGGAUUUCUCCUUGGGAAGAACCGAAUGCCUUGAUAAUGUCAACACAAGUCUGCAGUUCUCAGUGAGGAAAUGGUUUUGCAUUCUGCUCCUUCUCUGGUGACUUCUUGCCUUGUUUAGGUAAGGCUUCUCAAGCUAUCCUGUGUGAGUUUUCUCCCCAUAACGUGCCAGGGACUGAUACCCUACUUGUGCCAUAUUGUGUCCAGACUUCUUUGGAAACUCCCUGUGGACCACUAGCCAAGGGCUCAUGGACUGGCACCAGUCUGGUUGAGGCCACAAGGGCCUUGGUUCCUCCAAUUGCCAAUGAUUUAUUAGAAGUCUAUGGCUGUCUACUGCCACGUGAAAAAGAAAGGAGAAAUUGAGAUUUCCGCAAGGGCUAGUGAGCAAUUCGGAGACCUGAAGCCUUCUUUGAGUUGGAGUAAAAGAUCCACAUUUCCAUUUCGAGGUGUUUUGGAUCAAACCUUCAGCUUUGAUCCAUCAGGACAAUAUUGUGUCAGGACAAGUAACAUCAUUGACUGGAAGCAAGCACAUGGGAAUGCUAGAUGAUGUGCCACAAUCCGAACGGGACCAAUCUUCCUUCCAUUUGACCAUUUCCGAACCAAACUGGACCAAUCUUCCUUCCAUUCCACAUUCCCACACCGUCUUCUUCCUUUCCAGAUGUCAGGGCUUCCUUUGGACUUUACAGAGGACACCUUGCUCCUAUCUUGUCUCCUCCAAAAUGGAGAUGUUGGAAAGGGGCGCAUUUUGAACCUUUCCAUGGCAACAUUUGGACUUUAAACGGAGACUGUUUUUGUGAACUCUGGGAGAGAGAAAAAAUGCAAAGCCAGAGGAGGCAGGAAACCCUUCUGGCUGAAGAAAGCUCCUUUUGGGAAGAACCUAUAUCAAAAGCCCUCCUUGACCUUCGUGUGCUGCUGGUAAAUAUACGAGGGUUGAAUGAAAAGUAAUGCCUCCACCUUCAUAACUCCUCAACAGAUGGCAGUACUGGUAUGUGGCAGGGACCGGCUUGUUCAGUAGACUCUCCUCUACAGUUCCAUUUGGUGGGAAGCCUUAGCAUUGAACGGUUGUGUUGUUAAAGUGCCAAGUAUGGAACCCUGCACAGACGGGGAAGCCUUAUCAUUGAACUGUUGUGUUGUUAAAGUGAAAAGUAUGGAAUCCUGUGCAGACGGGGAAGCCUUAGCAUUGAACGGUUGUGUUGUUAAAGUGCCAAGUAUGGAACCCUGUGCAGACGGUCGGUCAGUGCAACUUAAGCAAUGUGCAGUCAUUGAAUUCAUGACGGCAGAAGGUGUCACCCCAAAGGAGAUUCCUCAGAGAAUGCAAGCUGCUUAUGGUGAUUGUGUGGAUGUGAGUGCUGUGCAUCAUUGGGUGAGUAAGUUUAAAAAUGUUGAGGUGGGAACAUCUGCUGUCAAGAAUUUAAUGACUGCAUGUUGCUUAAGCUGCACUGACCGACCGUCUGUGCAGGGUUCCAUACUUCGCACAUUAACAAUACAACCGUUCAAUGCUAAGGCUUCCCCGUCUGCGCAGGGUUCCAUACUUCACACUUUAACAACACAACCGUUCAAUGCUAAGGCUUCCCCGUCUGCGCAGGGUUCCAUACUUCGCACUUUAAGAACACAACCGUUCAAUGCUAAGGCUUCCCCGUCUGCGCAGGGUUCCAUACUUCACACUUUAACAACACAACCGUUCAAUGCUAAGGCUUCCCCGUCUGCGCAGGGUUCCAUACUUCGCACUUUAACAACACAACCGUUCAAUGCUAAGGCUUCCCCGUCUGCGCAGGGUUCCAUACUUCACACUUUAACAACACAACCGUUCAAUGCUAAGGCUUCCCCGUCUGCGCAGGGUUCCAUACUUCACACUUUAACAACACAACCGUUCAAUGCUAAGGCUUCCCCGUCUGCGCAGGGUUCCAUACUUCACACUUUAACAACACAACCGUUCAAUGCUAAGGCUUCCCCGUCUGCGCAGGGUUCCAUACUUCACACUUUAACAACACAACCGUUCAAUGCUAAGGCUUCCCCGUCUGCGCAGGGUUCCAUACUUCGCACUUUAACAACACAACCGUUCAAUGCUAAGGCUUCCCCGUCUGCGCAGGGUUCCAUACUUCGCACUUUAACAACACAACCGUUCAAUGCUAAGGCUUCCCCGUCUGCGCAGGGUUCCAUACUUCACACUUUAACAACACAACCGUUCAAUGCUAAGGCUUCCCCGUCUUCGCAGGGUUCCAUACUUCGCACUUUAACAACACAACCGUUCAAUGCUAAGGCUUCCCCGUCUGCGCAGGGUUCCAUACUUCACACUUUAACAACACAACCGUUCAAUGCUAAGGCUUCCCCGUCUGCGCAGGGUUCCAUACUUCACACUUUAACAACACAACCGUUCAAUGCUAAGGCUUCCCCGUCUGCGCAGGGUUCCAUACUUCACACUUUAACAACACAACCGUUCAAUGCUAAGGCUUCCCCGUCUGCGCAGGGUUCCAUACUUCACACUUUAACAACACAACCGUUCAAUGCUAAGGCUUCCCCGUCUGCGCAGGGUUCCAUACUUCACACUUUAACAACACAACCGUUCAAUGCUAAGGCUUCCCCGUCUGCGCAGGGUUCCAUACUUCACAUUUUAACAACACAACCGUUCAAUGCUAAGGCUUCGUCUGCGCAGGGUUCCAUACUUCGCACUUUAAGAACACAACCAUUCAAUGCUAAGGCUUCCCCGUCUGCGCAGGGUUCCAUACUUCACACUUUAACAACACAACCGUUCAAUGCUAAGGCUUCCCCGUCUGCGCAGGGUUCCAUACUUCACACUUUAACAACACAACCGUUCAAUGCUAAGGCUUCCCCGUCUGCGCAGGGUUCCAUACUUCACACUUUAACAACACAACCGUUCAAUGCUAAGGUUUCCCCGUCUGCGCAGGGUUCCAAACUUCGUGCUUUAACAACACGACUGUUUAACAACCCUGUUGUUAAAUACACUUUAACAACACAACCGUUCAAUGCUAAGGCUUCCUGCCAAAUGGAACUGUAGAGGAGAGUCUACUGAACAAGCCAGGACCUGCCGCAGACCAGGACUGCCAUCUGUUGAGGAGUUACGAAGGUGGAGGCAUUACUUUUCAUUCAACCCUCAUAUCAAGGGCAUCAUGACCCCGCUUACAAGCCCUUUGGACUGAACAUCUGUAUGGGACCCCUGGUCGGUGUGUGAGAUUCUGCUCCAGAUGGUAAUGUGUGUAAGAUUUAUUGCAAACAUGGGAAAGUUUUUGUUUGUGUGUGUUUGGGGUGCGGCUGUGUUUGGAUGCUCUCUUGCUCCUUUCGCCGGGAGAUCAGGCACAAAUUGGGCAUUGAUUCCAGAGUCUCCAAGCCUUGUUGAGGUCACUAAAUGUGAGCCAGGAUCGGUGGAAACAUAGGGCUAGGUCUUUCAACAAAUACAUGCACAGGAACAUCUGGAAGGGACACAUCUGGCCUUGUGCAGAGGUUGAGAGCUUCCACGGUGCUUGGAAUAAAGUGCCAAUCAAACUCUCUUGUGGUUUCACAAAACAAUUUGGCUGGUGGUUGAUGCAACUCCAUAGUCGUGUUCCUGCUCAUGUGCCAUGUUCUUGGGCAAGGGGAAAUGAUGCACAGGGGCUUUAUCUGCAAUCUUAGCCCACAUCUGCACCAACAAUUUAAUGCAGUUCGAAGCUAGCUUCAAACUUGUGAUGGCCAAGGGUGCAAAAGAAAGCCCAUGGUUUGUUUCCAUCCUCAUUCAGGCCACAAACACAGCCCAGGAUUUCAAGUGGAAUCUUCUUGAGACCAAUUGUGUUGUGCCAUGGAUUGGACUUUGCCUCCCAUCAGCCCAGCUCGGCCAACGAUAAUGGAUUAUGGGAUAUGCAGCUCCAAGCAUCAAAAGUUGGAGACUCACUGUGACAAGGCUGAAUUUAUUGGGCUGAGAGUGUGGCACUCCCUCAAUCCAAUAGCCAAUGUGGGAUCUCCAAAGUUACCUAUUUUGGACGAAUGUUGCUGCGCCGAGCUUGUUUCCUUUUAGUUUCCUUCCUUUUUAAAAAAAAAAACCAAAACAAAGAGACCCGUUCUGUAAUUUAUUGAUAUCAUUUGCAAACUGUUAUGCUAAUCCAAAUAAACUUAAUUUAUUGAAGAA